AUGUAUUCCAAACCAAGAUACAACAGAAAAUCACACAGAGGUGCCGGCCGCAGCAGAUCGGCCAGACCCCACCACAGGGGCGGCCACAGAGGCAGAAGAUAUUCUGGCUACCACUACCCACAGCCUUCUAACUCCAAGGUCUACAUCGAAGAACCAGAGACCGAAGAGGAGGAGGAGAGUGGCAGCGAAUACGAUGUUGCUCCACAAGACGAGGUCUACGAAUUCGGCCUUGACGACAACUCCGACAACGAAUAUUCCAAUGUCGUCUACGACGAUGAGUCUGACUUUGACACCGAGUCUGAGUCCGAUGGCAAAGAAGAAAUUUUCAUCAUCGCCAACGACGAUGUUGUCGACAUCAGCGACAUCUUGGCCGAGGACGCCUUGAACUACAUGGAAGCCGAGGGUGCUCUCAGAGACGUCAACGAUGACUUGGUCCGUUACUACGACCUGGACUCCGAGUCCUCCGACUCUGACUUGAGCUCUGAGGUUUCUGAGGCCUCUGACGACGACAGCGAAAUCGACGUUGAGCUCGAUUCCGAAAUUGAGGACCUCCAAAAGACUCUCUACCUCUUGUCUGGUGAGGCUGACGAUGACAGCGUUACCGACCUUGAAAUCGAAUCUGGUGAUGAGUUGGAGGAUGUCAGACAGACUUUUGCCGACGAGCUCGACUCCAGCGACGAAGAGGCUGUUUCCGACUUGCUGAGCGACUCGGACGACGACAUCUUCUUUGAAGUUGGUUCCGACUACGACUCUUCUGACGAUGAGUUCUCUGACGACGACAUUGCCGUGGACGAGUACUUGUCCGACUCCGACAGCUCCGACUCGGACUCCUCCGACGACGAAGGCAUCACAAUCUACAGGCAUAGAUUCGACUUGCCAGACCGUUACGACAGCGACAACGACUCCACCGAUGAGGAGUUGGCUCUUUACGAGCCUGACCAGAAAUACCUCUUGGCUAACGACCUGGAUGACGAAUUUGACGUGAUUGACUUGACCAGAGACCUCAAAGACUCCAAGGACUGCGAGGUUCUUGAGCUUGACGACAACACCUACAAGUUGAACCUCAGGUUGCCAUCGUUGAUCAAGGAGGACCUUAAAAUCGACUUCUCCAAGGCCAAGAACGAGUUGGUGAUCACGGGAAAGUUCAGCUUCACCGGCGAAGAGUCUGAGGAGUCUGACGUUGAAGAAGAGGUUUCCGAGGUUGACAGAAUUGCUGAGGCUCUUGAAGCUGAGGAGCCAGAGGCCAAGGUUGCUGAGGCCGCUGAGAACGACGAAGACGAGGAAGAUGAGGAAUACGAGAGUGCUGACUCCAGCUCCAGCUCCAGCUCCAGCUCUGAGUCCGACUCCUCUGACUCUGAGUCUUCUGAUUCCGAUUCCGAUUCAUCUUCAUCCUCCUCUUCCAGCUCUUCUGAGUCUGAAUCCGACUCUGACGAGGAGGUUGUUGAGGAUGCUCAGGACCUCAUCAAGGAAUUCCAGAGCCAGGAGAUCCAGUUCGAGAAGCACUUUGUCUUUGACAAGAUCAUCAAGGCUGACGAGAUCCAGGCCAAGUUCUUGGCCAACGGUGAGUUGGAGAUGAUCCUCCCUAACGAAGGUGUGGAGGUUAACCAGGACACCGACAAGAUUGCCAUUGCCAUUGAGUCCGCCGAAGAGGCUGCUGAGCCUGCCGAGGACGUUGUGAUGGAGGAGUAA